AUGUCUGACAUGCAAAAACUACGAGUUCUGUUGAUUGCGAAUAGAGGCGAGAUCGCGGUACGCAUCACCAGAACAGCCAAAAGACUCGGUAUCAAAACCAUCGCCAUCUAUUCAGAAGCCGAUGCCGCAUCGCAACAUGUCCGAGAUGCCGAUGAAGCAGUUUUGCUACCAGGAAGCAACGCGACUGCAUAUACUGAUGAGGCAGCCGUACUGCGCAUAGCCAAGGAAAGGGGCGCGCAAGCAAUUAUACCUGGAUAUGGGUUCCUGUCAGAGAACGCCCAUUUCGCGCGUCUGGUCGGUGAUGCAGGUCUCAUCUGGGUCGGGCCAUCAUCGGACGCCAUCGAUGCCUUUGGUGUUAAGCACACCGCCCGAGAUCUGGCGGAAAAGGCUCAUGUUCCUAUCGUACCCGGGACGAAAGGCCUAGUCGAGAACGAAGAGGUGGCAGCAAAGGAAGCCGAGCGUAUUGGAUUUCCUGUCAUGUUGAAAGCGACCGGGGGCGGCGGUGGAAUGGGACUCAUUACUUGCAACAAUGCCGAAGAGGUUCGCGACGGCUUUCGAAUGGUGCAAUCUAGAGGAGAAACGCUGUUCAAGAACCCCGGAGUUUUUAUCGAGGCCUUCUAUCCUGCCUCUCACCACAUUGAAGUACAGGUGUUCGGUAAUGGCCAGGGUCAAGCCAUCCAUUUCGGCGAACGCGAAUGUUCCAUCCAAAGACGACAUCAGAAGGUCAUUGAAGAAUGUCCAAGCCCGUUUGUAGAGAGGCAUCUCGAGCUGCGAAAGAAGCUGGGUGAGGCUGCGGUACGCCUCGCCGAGUCGAUCAAAUAUGGUUCUGCUGGCACCAUCGAAUAUCUCGUUGAUGAUAAGUCUGGCGACUUCUUCUUUCUGGAGAUGAACACGCGACUUCAGGUUGAGCACGGCAUCACGGAGCUUUGCUACGAUAUCGACUUGGUAGAACUCAUGCUGAAGCAAGCAGAUGCACAACUAGCAGGCAAGCACGGGCUCGAUGGCAAGACGUUGAAAGACAUGCAACCCUCAGGACCGAGAGGAUCGGCUAUCGAAGCUCGUGUUUACGCUGAGAAUCCGCUAAGAGACUACGCACCCUCGCCCGGUUUACUGCAGAAGGUAGCCUGGAAAGAUGUCCCUGGCAGUCGAGUCGACACGUGGGUCUUCACUGGAGUUCGCAUUACUCCCAAUUACGAUCCUUUAAUAGCGAAAGCGAUGGUCCAUUCUCCAUCCAGAGACGAGGCAAUCGCGUCAAUGAGUGAGCUGCUCACCCAAUCUACCAUUUGCGGUCCCCCUACCAAUCUCGAAUUCCUCGCCAACAUACUGGACGAUUCGCGCUUCAGGAACGGCAACACCAUGACCAGCUUCCUCACAGACUUCAAGUACUCGCCUCAAGCUAUCGACGUGAUUUCGGCUGGAGCAUACACUUUAAUUCAAGACCUUCCUGGGAGGCCAACAGUUGGUAAAGGUGUACCUCAUUCUGGACCCAUGGACCCGAUCGCAUUCCAGAUCGCGAACAUGCUCGUGGGAAACCCGCGAUCAAAGGAAGCGCUGGAACUCACGCUGAGUGGACCAGAACUGAGAUUUGUUGGCCCUGCUAUUGUCGCGCUGUGUGGAGCUCCUAUGGAAGCAUUAUUGGACGAAGAGACCUUUCCUAUGUGGACCAGCGUAAAGAUCGAAGCUGGUCAAAAGCUCAAGAUUGGCAAGACGACAGGCGGGGGCUGUCGCUCAUAUCUUGCAGUCUUCGGGGGAUUCCCGUCUGUUGCGGAAUACUUCGGCUCAAAGUCGACAUCGCCGCUCGUAGCGAUUGGAGGCUACCAGGGCCGCGCGCUGGCACCAAGCGAUCUGUUACAGACAGUGGGAGAGCUUCCAGACGCUUUCACUAGCGUUUCGCUCCCAGAAAAGCUGCGCCCCAUCUACAAGUCAAGCUGGGAAAUAACAGCGAUGGUUGGACCCCACGACGAAGGCUACUUCGAUCCGAAGUUCAUCGAGGAGAUAUACAAGACUGAGUGGAAGGUAUCUCACAACGCAUCGCGGAGCGGAAUCCGUCUGGUAGGACCGGUACCGAAAUGGGCCCGUAAAGAUGGCGGCGAAGGAGGCGCGCAUCCAAGCAAUCUGAUAGAGUACGGCUAUCCACUGGGCACCUUGAACUGGACUGGAGACGAUCCGUGUAUCUUUCCUGUGGACUGCCCAAACUUUGGUGGGUUCACCAGCUCUACUACAGUCGUUAAAGCCGACUGGUGGAAGCUGGGCCAGCUCAAGGCGGGGAACACUGUGAAGUAUGUCCGGGCUGGUCUCGAUGAUGCACUGAAGAAGAGAAAGAGAAAUGACAGCUUUCUGGACUCAGUUCAGCAAGCCAUUAACGGCGGACGCGACUUCGAAGGCAUCGAGAAAAUGCAAGGUGCGCACUGCAACUUCCAUGAGGGGGAUAUUGGAAAGGCGGUCAUUUGGGAGAAAGAGCAGAACAAUAGCACUCCACAAGUCAGAUAUCGUCAAGGAGGUGAUGACCAUAUCCUGAUCGAAUACGGAAAUGAGAAUUUCGAUCUCAAUCACCGUUGCCGCGUCACUGCUUUGGAGAACGCAUUACACUCAGACUCAACCCCCGAACUCAUCAAGUCCAAUCUGUAUAAUACCGUGGGGUGCUGUACAUCGCUUCUCCUCCACUACAACGGUUCCAAGCUCCCUCGAUCAGAGCUCAUUGCGCACCUUCAGUCCAUCGAAUCAAAUCUCGGCGACCUGAGAAGCACCAAAGUCCCUACCCGCGUUUUCAAGCUUCCUAUUUCAUUCGAAUCGAAACUCCAAGACGAAGCAACUCAACGCUACAUGACUAACCAGCGGCCUCACGCACCGUAUCUACCCGAUAACCUUGCGUUUGUCGCAAAGAACAACGCUUUCACGCCACAGCAGCUGAAGGAUAUAUAUCUCACAGGCCAAUUCAUGGCAGUAGUCGUCGGCUUCUUCUGCGGUAACACAGUAUCGCUGCCCGUAGAUCCGCGCCAACGCCUCUCCGCUCCAAAGAUGAAUCCAAGUCGCGUUUUCACACCCGAAGGCACAGUUGGAUGGGCCGGCUCUUGCAUGUCGAUAUAUCCCGUUGACUCACCUGGUGGGUAUCAGAUGACCGGCCGAACGGUACCAUGCUGGGACUACUAUUCCUACAAACCCGGGUUCGACACUAAGCCUUGGAUUUUCCGUGACUUCGAUAUCUUGACCUUCUACCAGGUCAGUGAGAAGGAGCUCGAUGAUCUACUAGGCAAAUUCCGUGCUGGAAAGUACCAGUGGGAGUACGAAGACGUGGAGUUUGAUAUGGCGCAGCACAACGAGCUUCUAGAGAAGACGAGCGAUGAAGUCAGGAAGAUUAGGGAGAAGCAAGCGGUUGCCCAGGAAGAGAUGACGAAAGCCGAGAAUGAGAGUUUAGAACGCUGGAGGAAGGAGAAGGCUGAGAGUCAGGUUGACGAAGGGACCGUGGAGAAGCUGCUGGAUGAUCCGGAUAUCGUUGGGGUUGAGGCGCCGGUUGACGCGAAUGUGUGGAAGGUGGAAGUUAGCGAGGGCGAUGAGAUUGGAGAUGAGAGUGUGAUCGUCAUUCUUGAAGCGAUGAAGCUGGAGAUUGCGGUCAAGACGCCAGACACGCUGGCAAAAGCGGGCAAGUUAAAGGUUGAGAAGGUUUUGGUGAAACCAGGAGAUACUGUGACAGCUGGAGGACAUUUGGCACUGUUACGCAAGAGCUAG